AUGGCGGCAGUUUCUGCUUACCUAGACUGGAAUCUAGCGAUACCCAAUGUUCUUCCUGUGUCCAUCACCCCUCAGAACUGGAGUUACCAGUGUGUAACACUGAAAAAGCUGGACACCCUCCGUACCAGCCUGGUGGGCAUGCUUACCCAUCUGGAUGACUUCCAGCUUAUUCAGAAGGAACACGAGAUUGUUGAGAGGGCUGAGAAAGCAGAGGGCGUUUUGGAUCCCCAGGAGUCGGGCAAAUUAAGCUUUAACGAGAAGUGUCCUUGGAGUCCACUACUGACUCAACUCUGGGCAACAUCAGUUCUCGGGUCUCUCUCAGGCAUGGAGGAGAUGCAUAUCAAUGAAAGGACUGUCAGCCCCUUAUUGCAUUUGUCUGAUUUUCGACGGACCCUGACCUUCAGUGCCAAGAAGUCCAAGACCUGCUCAGAUGACCCCGAACGCUUUGACCACUGGCCUAAUGCCUUGGCUGCCACCACCUUCCAGGCCGGACUCCACACCUGGAUAGUGAAUGUUCAGCACAGCUGUGCUUAUAAAGUGGGUGUCACCUCAGCCCAGCUGCCUCGAAAGGGCUCUAGCAGUGACUGCCACCUGGGCCACAAUGCCUUCUCCUGGGUCUUCUCCCGCUAUGCUCAAGAGUUCCAUUUCUCACACAAUGGGCAGCAUGAGCCUCUGGCAUUGCUUCGGUGCCCAGCACAGCUGGGCGUGCUGCUGGACCUCCAAGCAGGAGAGCUGGUCUUCUGUGAGCCUGCCUCAGGGUCGGUGCUUCACAUCCACCGCACGUCUUUCCCUCGCCUGCUGCUCCCAGUCUUUGCUGUGGCUGACCAGCUCAUCUCCAUCGUUCACCAGUGGCCAGAGUGA